CACCAACAACCAAGAAAUUCUUGUGAAGCCGGUAUAAAUACUUGAUUGCACCGCCUGAACCAUCUUCCUCCCAUCACAACUAGCAAACAAUCCACACAACGACUAACCCCCUACGGCUCAGACCGUAUUUCCAGAAAUUCAAGCAACAUCCCCCUGCUAUACGGACAUAUACCCAACCGAACAUCCCCAAGAUGCCUCUCGUUGUCCCGGGAAUCCAAUCCAAAGAUGGAUCUUCGAGCGAAGACUGGUCAAACAAGCUGAUGGGCAAGAAGUUGGGCGAUGCUCAUGACAAUAUGACGUUCGCGAAACAAGAUCUUCCAAAAGAACACCGCGUUCUGAAGCCUGAUAGUAUGAGCACCAUGGAUUUCAAGCCCGAUCGUUUGAACAUUCACGUCGGCGAAGAUGGCACCGUCACGAAUGUUAAGUAUGGAUAGAUUACGAUAGGCUAGGCUUUGGAGUUAGGGCAUUGAAGAUCAAAGGGAUUUCAGGUUUCUUGGAUAGGUGAAAUGCGUAGCGAUCCCGUCCACCUUUGGAUGGCUCACUUAACGGGGCAAGCAGUGAUCUAUGAAGUUACGACUUGCAUUGCAAAUAUUUCGCAUCGCUUGAGGUGUCUAUUAAAAUAUGAGUGGUUGAAUUAAAUCCUAAGUGUCAAAUUUUGGGCAAGAGCGGCUUCUUUCCUAGACGCCCAACUCAGGUAUCCUUGAGGCCGAAUCUUAAUAGUAU